GAUGUACGCCUGCUCACCUGGGGUCUUCAUUGGCUUCCACAGAGGGCACCACUGCUGAGGUCCAUGCUUUGGACAACUCAUGGUCUUGUGCCUGCGGUGUGUGAGAGCCAAAGGCUAAAGGGGACUGAAUCUCAGAUUGCCACUUCCUGUGCCCUCUGGAACUUGUCAGAAAUAAUGUUCAUCUUGUGUGUGUUGAUAACGGGGGCUUUUGCCUUCACCACUCAGACAGAGGACCACACAGUGACUGUAGAUAACUGCCAAUUUCGUGGCAAGGAUUACAAAUCAGAAUACAGGCUGGAAGGAGAGCCUGUGGUUCUGAGGUGUCCUUUGGCAUGGCCUUACUUGAAGGCAUCAGACAGCUCCCAAACCCUCCUGACCUGGCGCAAAAACAACUCUGAUCAGCUGAUUCCAGGAGAUGAACCAAGGAUGUGGGUCAAGAAUGAUACGCUCUGGAUUCUGCCAGCUUUGCGUCAGGACUCUGGUACCUACAUCUGCACCCUUAGAAAUGCUUCUUACUGUGAAGAAAUGUCCAUUGAACUUGGGACAUUUGAGGAUACAGAAGCUUCCCUGCCACUCAUCUCAUACCUGCAAAUUGUAACCAUACCUGUCUCUGGGUCAUUAGUAUGCCCUGAUCUGAAAGAUUUCUUCCCCAACAAAAUUGAUGCAAAGAUUCAGUGGUAUAAGGGCUCUGACCUUCUGGAUAAAGACAAUGAGAAAUUUCUGAGUGUGGGGGACCCCACUCGCUUAUUCAUAUCCAGUGCAUCCGCUGAGGACACAGGCUAUUACAGAUGUGUUGCAGCAUUUUCCCAUGAAGGCAGGGACUACAACAUCACGAGAACUAUUAAACUCCGUGUCAAAAAAACAACCAUGGAAACCACUCCUGUGAUUAUUUCUCCCUUAGAGACCAUACCAGCAUCUCUGGGAUCAAGACUGAUAGUCCCAUGCAAGGUGUUUCUGGGAGCAGGCACACCCUCCAACACCAUUGUAUGGUGGAUGGCUAAUGACAGUUUUAUCUCACUUGCCUACCCAGGAGGGCGUGUGACUGAGGGGCUGCUCAGCCAAUAUUCAGAAAAUGACGAGAACUAUGUCGAAGUGUCACUGAUUUUUGAUCCAGUCACAAGGGAGGAUUUGAGCACAGAUUUUAAAUGUGUUGCCCAUAAUCCACGGAGCUUUCAUUCACUACACACUACUGUUAAAGAAGUCACCUCCACAUUCUCCUGGGGUAUUGCAAUGGCUCCCCUUUCGCUGGUCUUCCUGGUUUUGGGGGGAAUAUGGAUACAUAAAAGGUGCAAACACAGAGCUGGAAAAGCAUAUGGCCUGACCAAGCUAAAGACUGCCCACCAAGAUGUUUCAUCCUACCCCAGUCAAAUAAAGGAAGUAAAAUAA